AGUGGAUCGUUCAGGUUUGUGUCUCUGCUGGACUGUCUGCGGGUUUCUGGAAGUUUCUCCGAGCGGGUCGAACUCCGGGGGACCGCGGAGCAGCCUGACGAGCUCAGGAAAUAUCCUCCUGAUGAAGAAGGUUCCUCCUCAGCUUCCUCAUCGCAGACCAGCAGGUUGCCUCAACAGGUAAAGAGGAGCUGCCAUGUUGGCCUCCUCCAACCCCCCGUCACUCCUUUUCCUCCUCCUCCUCCUCCUUCCCCCUCCCUCCUUCUCUGCUGAUGUCAUCAUGAACUCUGACCCCUCAGUGCGAUGGGUGGAGCUACACGGUGCACCCCUCUCUCACCUGCUGCUGGACCCAGGGGCAGGGCAUCUGUAUGUGGGUGGGGUCAACCACCUGUACCAGUUGACGUCUGACCUGGAGGUGAUUUCACACGUUAGGACCGGCCCUCACUUGGAUUCCCCGGACUGCCUCCCCCCGAUUGUCCCCCAGGACUGCCCCUCGGCCACGCCCACCCACAACCACAACAAACUACUGCUGAUGGAGGCAGGGCAGGGGCCGGAGUCAGGGAGUCUGAUUGUCUGUGGUUCACUCUAUCAGGGCAUCUGUGAUAAAAGGAGUCUGUCCAACAUCUCUCAGCUCAUCUAUCAGACGUCUAACCCCGUCGACACUCAGUAUGUCGCCGCCAACGACCCCCGAGUCUCCACUGUCGCUGUGGUAAUAACAAUAGAAAACAAACAAGAAGUGAGUGGUGUCCUGCGUCUGAUGUUGGUUGGUCGAGGCUACACCAGCAAAGGUCCAGGUGACAUCCCGCCAAUCACGACACGGCGUCUGUUCCCAGUGGUCCCACCGCGCCGGGCGUUCUCUCAGGAGGAAGAGCUGGGGAAACUUGUCGUUGGAAGUUACUCUGAGUACAACAACCACUUUGUGAAAGCAAUUGCCCAUGGGGAACAUGUCUACUUCCUGUUCUCGAGGAGGGACAUGUGGCACAAGAAGGAGUACCGGACCUACGCCUCCCGACUCUGCACCUCUGACCGCAGUUUCUACUCGUACGUGGAAGUGCCGCUGCAGUGCCACGGGGGGUACAACCUGGCUCAGGGAGCGUGGUUAGGAAACCAAACAGGUGAACCUGCCCUAUUCAUCGUCAUGGCAGCAGGGCAGGCGUCCACACCUGUAGCAACAGGACGAUCAGCACUGUGUGUUUAUGGGAUGGCAAAGCUGGAUGCCAUGCUGCGACAAGCACAGGAAGUGUGUUACACAGAGGGAGGACGAGGCAGCAGUGGUCAAGAAGAAGCCUACAUCGAGUAUGCUGUGUCAUCAAAAUGUCUCAAACUACCAAAGGUUUCUCUCUCGGAGUACCCCUGUGGGGGGGAACACACCCCGAACCCCAUCGCCAGCGCUGUGCCGCUCCCAGCCACGCCCACCUUCACCUCCACCACCCAGCUCACCGCCGUCACCACGGCAACAGAGGCAGGACACACCAUCACCUUCCUAGGAGACAGGGAAGGACGACUGCACAAGGUGUUGGUGCGCACUGAUUGGUCAGGUGAUCUGUAUGGCAGUGUGUUGGUGGACAGUGGCAGCGCCGUCAGUGCUGACCUCCUAUUGGAUGACAGCCAGCAGCACGUUUACGUUUUAACCAGCAGCAGGCUGUCAAAGGUUCCUGUGUCGUCAUGUGAAAGACAGACAGAUUGUCAGUCCUGUCUUGCUGUCAGAGAUCCAUACUGUGGUUGGUGUGUCCUGGAGGGAAGAUGUUCCCGUAAACAUCAGUGUCAGCGUCACCUGCAGUCCAACCAUUGGCUCUGGAGCUUUGAACCGACCAAUCAGUGUGUGACAGUGCAGAGCCUGCAGCCGGCCAAUCAGAGCAAAGAUGAGCAGACACAGGUAACUCUGUCAGUCAUCCAGCUUCCCACCCUCACGGAGGCAGAGUCUCUGUAUUGCGUAUUCGGGCUCCUCCCAGCUCAGCCCGCCAUCGUCAUGGGAACGAGCAUCACCUGUCAGUCACCUGUGCCGGAGCUCCUCCCACCCAUUCCCGCAGGAAGUGAUCACAUGAUCCUGCCUGUGUCACUGAGGUUUGGUCAUGUGACCGUCACCACAGGUAACAUGACCUUCUAUGACUGUGGAGCAGUGAGCAGACUGAACCAGAGCUCCCAGUGUCUGGCGUGUGUCAGCAGUGUGUGGAGGUGUAACUGGUGUCCUCUGGAUCAACUCUGCACUCACAACCACAGCUGUCCCAACCAACACAUCAUCCUCAACCAGAGAGACUCUCCUGGUCCCACUUCCUGUCCCCUGGUCUUCUCCCUGCAGAGUUCUUCCUUAGUGCCGAUGGGCCUGAGCACCACUGUGGUGUUAUGGGGACGAAACCUGGACGUCUACACUGAUGAAGCUCAGUAUGUGUGUGUGGUGGAAAUCCAAGGAGUCCAGUUCAAUCUGACAGCUGCUGUCGAGAAAACACACGACAACACACAUACCUUCACCUGCAGCCCACACCAGUUUCAGUAUGCAGUCAGUCAGCUUCAGUAUUCUGCUCCUGUCUAUCUGCGUAGAGGAGAGAGACGCAUUGACACCUCACCUGGCGUCCGACUCCAGUUGUACGACUGCUCAGCCGGCCAGUCAGACUGCUCGCAGUGUAGGGCAGUACCUGAGGAAUACGGCUGUGUGUGGUGUCCAGGAAGCCCCGCUCCGAGCUGCAUUUACAACCAAUCAUGUACCAGCAUACCUGCAGACACCUGCCCACCUCCUCAGAUCACACAGGUGUUACCCGUCUCCGGUCCUCUGGAGGGCGGAGUCUUGGUGACGAUCACAGGGUCAAAUCUAGGGAUGAGGUACCAGGAUGUGGUGGGCGGAGUCACAGUGGCAGGUGUUCAGUGUCCGCCCCAACCUGAAGGAUACCAGAUCUCCACCAGGGUUGUGUGUGAGCUGCAGCCCAGUGGGAAGCAGAGGGAGGGGCCUGUCCUGGUUACCGUGGGAACAACCCCACCUGGGAGGUCAAUGCAGAUCUUCACCUAUCAGGACCCUCAGCUCCUGGAUCUGGUUCCUUAUAAAGGUCCAGUCUCUGGAGGAACCAAACUGACCAUCCGAGGAAGGCAGCUGCUGACCGGACAGACGUCUGACCUCAGCGCCUUCCUGGGUCCACAGCCCUGCUACAUUGUGGAGGAGGUGAAUGACACUCAGUUGGUCUGUCAGACUGGUUCCAGUACUCACACUGGUGGAGUCACAGUUCGGGUUUUGUUCGGUAAAGCGGAGCGGACUGUUCCUAAUGUUACCUUCCGUUACCUGGAUGACCCCGUCAUCACCGACGCCACACCUGCUGAGAGCUUCUAUGCAGGGGGGCGUGUCAUCAUAGUGACAGGCAGGAACCUGGAUGUGGUGCAGCAGCCAAUCAUAUCAGUAUGGGUGGAGCCUCUGGAGGUCCAGAGGGUGAAACGGAGAAGACGAUUGGCUCUCCUCACUGCCAAGCAGCAGCUGGUCUUCAACAGCACCAUGACAACGGUGUCGGAGCGCUGUUCGGUCCUGUUGCCCUCAAAGAUGACCUGUCCGACCCCCACAGUGACCCCAGAGGUCAAAGUAAAAGGCAUCUGGUUUCAGCUGGACAACGUCAGAGUCCACUACGAGAGCAUCAGGGGUAAAAGCUUCACUUAUUAUCCAAACCCAGAGUUUUUUCCCCUGAAUCGAGAAGCUCCAGAAGCUCCAUAUCGUUUCAAACCAGGAGGAGUGAUUGCUGUGGAGGGUCAGGACCUGACCAGAGCAAUGUCCAGACAGGAAGUGACGGCUCGCCUCGGAGAUCAGGAGUGUGAGGUGAAAACUCUGGACAACACUCACCUGUACUGUGAACCUCCGGAGAUCCAACCAAUGAGUCUGGACGACAGCAACGAGCUGCCCAGCCUCAAGGUGUUUAUGGGAAACCUGCAGGUGGACCUGGGACUGGUUCAGUACGACAGUGACUCUCUUAUGUCUCCCGUCCCAUUGGCUGCUCAGAUUGGUUUGGGGGCAGGAGCUGCUGUAAUCAUCCUGUCAGUGCUGGUCGUCAUCCUGAUGUACAGGAGAAAGAGUAAACAGGCUCUCAGAGAUUAUAAGAAGGUUUUGCUGCAGUUGGAAACUCUGGAGAUCAACGUGGGGGAUCAGUGUCGCAAAGAGUUCACCGACCUGAUGACAGAGAUGAUGGAUUUGAGCAGUGAUGUUGGAGGGCCAGGGCUCCCACUGCUGGACUACAGGACAUAUGCAGAGAGAGUCUUCUUCCCCGGCCAGCAGAUGGCACCGUUGAGCCGCCAGCUGGACCUGCCAGAGUCCCGGAGGCAGACGGUGGAGCAAGGUCUGCAGCAACUCAACAAUCUGCUCAACAACAGACUCUUCCUCACCAGGUUCAUCCACACUCUGGAGGCCCAGCAGGGUUUUUCUCAGAGAGACCGGGGUUACGUUGCUAGUCUUCUCACCAUGGCCCUUCAUGACAAACUGGAGUACUUCACCGAGGUCAUGAAGAGUCUGCUGCAGGACCUGGUGCAGCAGUAUGUUGCUAAGAACCCUAAACUCAUGCUUCGCCGGACAGAGACCGUUGUAGAGAAGAUGUUGACGAACUGGAUGUCAAUCUGCCUCUACUCCUUCCUCAAGGAGGUGGCGGGGGAGCCUCUCUACAUGCUCUACAGAGCCAUAAAGUAUCAGGUGGAUAAAGGGCCGGUCGACGUUGUGACCGGAAAAGCCAAACGAACACUAAACGACAGCCACCUGCUGCGAGAGGACAUUGACUACUGCGCUAUGACUCUGACAGUCUUGGUUAAGAAUGGAGUUGAGGUUCAGCCGUGUCCUGUUAAAGUGCUAGACACCGACACUAUCACACAAGUGAAGGAUAAGAUCCUGGAUCAGGUCUAUAGGGGAGCGCCAUUCUCUCAGAGACCAGCAGCUGACAGUCUGGACCUGGAGUGGCGUUCAGGUCAGGCAGGUCACCUGACCCUGUCAGAUGAUGAUGUCACAGCGGUGGUUCAGGGUCGUUGGAAACGAAUCAACACGCUGCAGCACUACAAGGUUCCAGAUGGAGCAACAGUUGCUCUGAUUCCUCGUUCUCAGAGUUCAGGUGGACUUGGAGUCAACCAGGUCUUCCAGACUGGAGAGAAAACGCCAAUGCUGGAGGGUGAGGAGGAGGAGGGUCUACGUCUGUGGCACCUGGUCAAGAGCAGCGAAGAUCCUGAAAUUCCAAAACAUAGAAAGAGCAGCAUGAGGGAGAGAGAGCGAGCAAAGGCCAUACCUGAGAUUUACCUGACCAGACUGCUGUCCAUGAAGGGGACGUUGCAGAAGUUUGUGGACGAUGUCUUUGUGGCGAUCCUCAGUACGAAGCGUCCUCCUCCAAUCGCUGUCCGUUUCUUCUUUGACUUCCUGGAUGACAUGGCCGAGAAACACGGCAUUGACGACCCCGAGACGGUCCACAUCUGGAAGACCAACAGUCUCCCUCUCAGAUUCUGGGUGAAUAUCCUGAAGAACCCUCAGUUUGUUUUGGACGUUCAGGUUACCGAUAGCAUUGACGCCGUCCUGUCUGUCAUCGCUCAGACCUUCAUUGACUCCUGUACCACCUCCGAGCACAAAGUGGGACGGGACUCUCCUGUCAACAAGCUGCUGUACGCCAGAGAGAUCCCCCGGUACAAACAGCUGGUAGAGAGGUAUUACAGUGAUAUCCACAGCGCUGCAUCGGGCUGUUAUCAGGAGAUGAACUCUACUCUGACUGAACUGUCAGGGAGUUUUGCCUCAGAGAUGAACAGUCUUGUGGCUCUUCAUGAACUAUACAAGUACAUCAACAAAUAUUAUGACCAGAUCAUCAUGUCUCUGGAGGAGGACAGUUCAGGUCAAAAGAUGCAGUUGGCCUAUCGGCUGCAACAGGUUGCUGCCCUGGUUGAGAACAAGGUAACCGACCUCUGAUGACCUUUAACCCCAUCAAGCUACCCACAGGAAGCAGUGACCUCUGACCCCUGAAGACAGUUGGAGCCCUACUGAGGAAGAGGAUAGGAUGAACUCUGAAAAUCAUUGGACUCCUGUUAACAUUGUGUCUUCCUGCUGUGUAUCAUUGUGUGUUAGUGUGUGUCUGUGUGUGUGUCACUGUGUGUGUGUGUGUGUGUGUGUGUGUGUGUGUGUGUGUCUGUGUGUACUGGGGAUAUAAUGUACAAGGUUUUAUAGUCAGACUCAGGCGAUCCAAGUUCUUCAGAUCCCUUCACUCUGCAGCAACAGCAGCAGCCAAACAGUCAUUUACAGUUCAUAUGACACUUAAUUUUAAACUGACCUGAAUCCAAAAUUAAUCUAACCUAAAACCAAACCUAGAUCAAACUUAAACCAAACGUUAACCUGGCAUUAGACCAACCUCACACCAGUCUGACAAUCUAGCCAAUCAGAUCAGGGAACAUCAUCACUUGCUGCCUUGCACUACACUUCCCAGAGUUCCCUGAUGCGCUGUUCUGCUGUCUGUGAAGAGUCAAAAAGCACAAUUUUAAUAGUUUCUACUGAUGGCAUGUAUUGAUUAUUGAUCUGCUGAUCUCACACUUGCUGGGUGUUUUUUUUAUCAACAGCAUAGCUGACAAUAUUUUUUGCCUUUACUACUGAAGCCAGCAUCACGUCUGCAGGUCAUCAAUUGUAAUGAUCCCAACAUGCAGUGAUGUGGGAGUUUUACUGAACACAAUAACAGAAUCAGGGACUGUUUUUUACAAUCACAGUUUCGGUCUGAUUCAAGUUUCUGAUCAUUUCUUAACAACAGAAGCUAAAGUCAAAGUUUAUUUUACUCACAAAUAAAUCUUAUUUUACCUUUAGCUCUUCAGGUAAACUUGACCGCUGCCAACUCAGGACCUGACUCACACUGGUUCCCAGUCUCUCCAGUCUUCCACAGUUCCAGGUUGAGUCCAGAUUGACUCACCAGGGUUCUCAGGUUUGGAUAAUGACAGCCAGAGUGCUGGAUUUUUAUUUAUUGGCCAAUCAGCAAGCAACAGAUGAGUGGCUUGAAGAAAGAUUACAAAGUGUAACUCAGUAAUGUUUGUUGCUAUGGCGACCAUAGUGCUCCUGAGAUUAUCUUUGUCUGCUGACUUGACGAUGAUGAUGAGUGUGGUUUUUAAAGAUGGAAAAUUAAGUAAUAGUUACAGGUUUAGACAUAGAAGGAACUUCGUUUGGUGUUAUGACUUGUACCAUCUGCAGCACUGGUCUUACCUAGUCUAUUCAGUUUCUAGUAAUAAAGACCAAACCAAGGACUCCCCUCCUUGGUUCAGUCUGUAUCAGAUUUGACAGCCCUUCCAUGGGUCCCUCUUGGAUCGAGUCUGACUGCCUUUCAUUGAGUGUCUCAUGAAUUGAGUUUGGAGCUUUCUUGGUUCCCUUUUGGCUUGGAUCUGAUUGUCCUUGGGUCCCCUUCAGCUUCUUUAUGCCCCGUUUGGAUGGGGUUUAGUGGCCCUUCUUCUGGUCCCUUGUCCGAUCAGGUCUGAGUGGCCGUCUCUGACAGUCAUUCUUCCUUGAGUUCCUUUCGCAUCAGGUUUGAGUGUCCCUUUGGAUCGGAUUUGACUAUCCUUGGGUCUCAUUUGGAUUGAAUAACUUUUGAUGAAAAUAAGUAUUGUCAUGUCAGGUACAAGUAGGUAUUUCCAUUGGCCAGUUUGGGACAGGACCCAAAUAUUUGACCUGUAUAGGCCUCUUGUCUGCAAUACAUUCAUGCAUGUUCAGGAUUAGGUGCAUUUUCUUUAGGUACAUUCAUGUUUGGAUUCAGUUGCUUUUUGGUCCAGUCAGGUCCGGGUCCUGUUCUGAGGUCAGAUCUAUAUUUUUGUUGUUGUUGUCCUUUUUAAUGAAUGAUUUGAGCUCAUGCUGAGGUAACAUAAGUCACAGAGUCCUUUUUGAAUCACGUACAUUCAACAUGUAACUUCAACGAGCCCAAUCUGAUCAUCAGAAUGACCAAUCAAAGCCAGUCACUUCCAGCUGCUGUGGAACAGAUUAAUCAGUGAAGUUUUGGGGUUGAUGUUGUUUAAAUCUGGAGAUAACUUAUCCCAUUUUCAGACAGUCUCUCUCGAAGACAUUCAUAUAGUCGCCCUCAACUGUUCACAUGAAAAGUGACAGAUAGUUUUUUAUGAAGAAUGAAAGAGAAGUUAAAACACUACUUACUUUCUCACCUCCAAACAGCAGCCAAAUCAAUGGGUGGGGUGGCUGUGAUGUCAGAGCUAGUACCAGAAAGGCCCCCCCUGAAUAACUCAGGGGGGGGCAUUGUCGAUUUUGUUGGUCCGAUAAAACAAUACAUAGUUCACUAUGUCUUCAGAGAAUAAUGUGGCAUUUUUCACUAACAAUCACAAAUCACGAACAAUCACUCAAUCAAUAGAGAAAAUGUCAGAUGUAUCAGAUAAUUCUUGCUUGAGCCACAAGACUGGAGAUGGAGGAUGUUAUGAUGAUAUUGUACCUCAUUUGAACAAAUUUCAUAAACCUGGGGCUUCUGGGGUCCCUGAGGCUCGGGGGCUGGACUCUCUGUCUCUGUUCACUCAAAGCUCAACUCUGUCGGGACAGUUUUUAUUGGUUAACUCAAAGGAAAAUAUUCACAUGAAUUUACUUCACCACUGUGAGUGAAUACAUAGGUGGCGCUGCAGACAGUUCAGAUGAAAUGUAUUGAUUUGCAGCAAAUUUCUCAGUUUGAAAUGUGGACGUGACUGAGCCUUUACACUGUUUUUCUGUGCUGAAAACCUGAAAGCACAAGAUACAGUUGGGUUUUACCUGACCUGCUGGAUCAGCAGGUAGUUUGCUGACUGUAACUUGCUGGCUUUGUUUUUGUACGUAAAGCUCCUGAAAAUAAAAAAUAACCAACAACUCAUGUUGAAAAGCUGGAGAAUAGAAAGAGGAGCAGAAACUAGAAUCAGACUGAAAGGUAAACUUAAAUGUUAAAGGAACGAACACAGAACUGAUAGAUUUUAAAAAAUUAAAACAGUCUGAAAUCUGGGGGUUGAAACUAUGUGUGUGUGUGUGUGUGUGUGUGUGUGUGUGUGUGUGUGUGUGUGUGUGUGUGUUGGCUAGUCACUAACUUAUUGUGUGUACAUACUGUAUGUCCUAUUUAUACCUAUUUAUCCCAGCUGUGCCUUCACUCUUGCAGCUAGGUGGUGCUGUCUGUCUGUUCUGACAGCGGCUUUAAUGAACAUGUGUCCUGGUGCACCAUGGGAAGAUAAAUUUAUUUUAAUGUUUAACUUUUAUUGAACUGGGGAACGAAAACAUCAAACCCUGAAUCAUCAUAUACUAAUACCCCACAUACCCCACAUCAAACCCGAAUAGUCUAACACUGAAAAUAUGCUACAGAACAGUGAGCAUAACAUUACGCUUUAUUACAGAACAGCUAGCAUAUCAUUAUGAGAAAAACAGUCUCAACCCAAGGUCCACUUAUUUGACUCAGUUGAUAUUGUUGUGUCAGCUGCUGUUUCUGAAAGCCAACAAUGACCUGUCAAGAUAAAAAAAACAUGUUAGGAGUUUGUAAUGUACUUGUUUUAGCUAUUAUAUCAGCUGUUAGAGGUCUAUUAAGAAUGUUGUGCUAGCUGCUAGAAGCUAUGAUUGCAUUGACAGGAGGUUAUUGUUUUUUCAAAAUCCUUAAAUGAAGAUGGCUCCAAACAGCCUGUGUAAUAUCAGAUAUGCUAGUUGUCUGAAACUGGCUGUUUGUAGUAAAUAUAACAUCAACUAGCAACAAACAGCCUGACAUUAAAUGUGUAUUAAAACAGGUAGCAUAACAUUAAAACAGGUAGCAUAACAUUGAACCUGUUUUUUACUGGCUGUUAGUUGGUAGCAUCUGAAAUUUAACAUCUGGCGUGUUAGUUGUUUGAAAUGACCCGUCUGUGGUUUGUUUAUCCUCAGGCUACAAUGAGCUCAGUACAAACAUGCCGGCUCUAUUGCAAACCUCUAGGUAAUUGCAAACCUCUGGAAGCAUAUCCGUUGUUAUUUUAUUUAGUUUUACAUAGGUUAUAUUGCAUAGGUUAUAUUUUUAAAUCUGAUCUCAAAAAUCCAAAUAUCCAAACUUCACCGAAAGCAAUCAAAAUUCUUAAACAGAGGAAAAAAAGCAUCAUCAGCAGAGGGUCUGAUGUGAUUAUGGUGUUAUCAGUAUUGAAGGGAAAGUUUUUCAUUUAAUAAACUGUUAGCAUGAAGAAAUAGUUGAGACUAAAACUUUGAGUUUACAGAGACAAGAACCUGGAAAUGGGUCUGGCCUGGUCUCACAGUUCAGUUUAAGGCCUUGACCCGAUGACAUCUGUCGGGACUCAGUCUGUGAGUCAAGAGGUUCAAUGUUUGGAUUCAUCCUGGAGAUUAUCAGCUGUGUCUCCAUAGCAACAGUUGGUUGUUUCACCUGUCGAUGUGUUUUCUCUGUGUGGAUUCAGUUGGUGUGGAUGACACCGAUUGUUUUAUUUAGUCUUCAUCUGCAAAUAUGCUGUCAAUGGCAAAGUGGGACAGAAUACUUCACGGACUCUUCUGGGCUCUCCUGGACUCUUCGGGACUCUUGCUGUAUAUUUUUAAGUGUAAAUGGACUCUAACUUAGAAUGACCCCACCAGGCAAUAAAUAAAUAAAAAGUCUCUGACUGUCAGCGGUUGUCACUGCUACUUGACUGAUUCAGAAACCUGAAACAGGUCUUGUUUUAAAUGAGACGUUAUUUGAAGGAUGUUUGGUUUUAAAUGAGAUGUUAUAUGAAUGAUCUUCCUGCUGACUGAUCGCAGCUUCUGUACGUUUCUUCUUCUUCUUCUUCUGGUAUUUUCUGAUUAUUGCUGUUUUAUCUCUCCUCUGUGUUUAUGCCUUGUGUGUUUUUCGAGCCUGUGUUUGAACCGUAGUCGUAGUUCUCUGAUCAGAUUAGACUUCUGCAUGCGUGUGAUGAUGAUGAUGAUGAUGAUGAAGAUUUAUGGUGCUUCAAGCUUUUUUUCUCGUUUUGUUUUUUAAUUAAUGACAAGAGGCAGAGCUUAAACUCUGCCAUGUCACUGGUUAUGUAUAUCAAUGGAGGUCAAACUGUGACCUUUGACCUCCUGAUCUCUGUACAGUUUUCUAAUCUUCUGGCUGUCAUGAAACAGAUCCUCAGCUCUGAUUGGUCCAGCACUGUUUGUUACUGAAAUGUUUUUUUCUACAAGGGAAUGAAAAUUUUAAAGUGUUUGUACAAAAUAAAUUCAGGAUCAGUUGUAAUGUAAGCACAGACUGCUUUUCUAUUGACUGUGUACAGUUUGCUAACAUUGUAAAUGUGCCUGUAAAUACCUGUCUGAGGAUGAUGAUAAUGAUGAAGACGAGUCUGUCUGCAAUGGAAAUGUGUUUUUAUUGUGAAGAGGCAGGAGGCCAAUUUGUAU